CAUAACCUGCAAAUAAGCGUAAACAAACACAACGCGGGCUCUUCAACAUCUUCAAACACAUCUGACAUUUUGUGCGUUAAAUCGAAGUGUUUUGACAGAAUUUUCAUUUGUUUUUCCCUGGAUAAAGAUUCUUGAGAGGUUUAAUAAUGGCCCAGCAAUCACCAGCUCCAAAAAUUAAAGAGCUUCGCCUGCCGAUGUCCAGGGUGAAGACAAUUAUGAAGAGUUCACCACACGUAGAGUCCAUUGGACAGGAUGGAUUAUUUCUAGUUACAAAAGCAACUGAGAUGUUCGUUCACUUCAUGGCAGAGGAGGCCCACAAGCAGUCGAAGAAGAGCUCGAGUCUGGAUUACAAACACCUGGCGGAGGUGGUGCAAACGAACGAGACUCUGGAGUUCCUCAAGGAAAUAAUGCCGAGGAAAAUAACAGUGAGACAAUUUAAACAGAUGAUGGCUGAUAAAGAGGCUGCAGAGAGAUCUAGCUCUGAGGAGAGUUCAACUGACUCUGACAGUGACAGCCAAAGUGACAGUGAAUCGAGUUCUGACAGCUCCAAGGACGAGGCGAUGGACUCAGGGAGUGAAAAGGAUCACAAGGAGAACGGAAAUUCGGAAUCGAAUAAGAGUGACUCCAGUAACGAGAGUGGAAGUGAUAAGUAGAGUAAUUGCAUUUUUUUUUUUGACGUGAUGAAUAAAAAAUUCUCUCUCCUUUUUUAACAAAUAAAUAAUAAAUAUUUAUACCUCGAGUAUGUGGUGAACUAUUUAUUUCUUAAAAAAUAAAACAAUAUCAGACUGUAAAUCAAUAAAACUUGAAA